AAAGAAUGAAAAGUAUUUCAGGAAUAUUAGUCAUUUUGCUUUUAAGUCAGAGUGUUUUUUGUAGUCCAAAGAAGAUCAAUACAGAUUUUUUGAAUUUACUUAGUUCUAAAACGAAUGUUAUGAGUUCAUAAGAUGCUAUCCAAUCAGUGCUUACAUUGUUAGAAGAUCUUUAAGGAGCAAAUGUUGAAGCUUCAAGACAAGGCUGACCUCACAUUUUAAAGAUUUGAACAAGCCAUUUUGUAAGAUAUCAAUGAGUUGUCAGGAAUUGUGAAUGUGAAUUCCAAGAGUGCAGCAGCUGCUCAAUAAGAUUUGGAAGCUGUCGACCUCAAAAUCUAAUAAACCACAGACUACUUGAAUUGGAAUAACAAGCGAUUCAAGGCAAAUGAAGUUAAGCUUGAAAACUUAGCUGAAUAAAGAUGUGAAGCCAAUGCCUUGUUCAUCGACACAUUGAGAGAGUACAAGAAUGCGCUUUCUGUCCUUGAUUGGGUAAGAAGUGAUGCACAAAGCAAAUAAAGUACAUUAAUAGAGAAGAGUCACAUUGGAGAUUAUGCAGAAAAAUUGAGCAAGUAUGCUAAUCUAUUUGAGGAGCAAGCAGUCCAAGAUUUUGUGAAACUAGGUGAGGAGGAAGUUUCAUUUGCAUAGACAAGAUAGCAUGGAAACGGCGAAUAAUUAGCAUCAUUAGUGGAAAAGGAUGUUGUCGGAAUUAUUCAAUAGUUAAUUGAGAAAUUGAGAGAAACCAUCAAAAGUCUUGAAGAAUAAGAAAUAUAAUCAGCCAACGAUUUCGCCGACUUUAAGACUAACUUAUUGGCUGAAUAAGAAUCUCUCAAGUAAGAGUACGAUGCCAAAGCCAAAUUCUUGAACUCCUUACAAAACGAUAAAGAAUUAGCUUCAGACAUCUUAACCAAAAAGAAGGAACUUUAAGAUUAAAGCAUGAGAAUCUUGAGUUUGACUUAAGAGGAAUACAACUACAAGAAGAAAUUAUACAACUCCGAAAAAGACAAAAGACACGAGGAAAACUAGUUAUUAGAAGAAUCACUUCUAAUUUACAGGGAAAAGAUCGCUACAGUUAAUGAAUACUUGAAAAAGAGAGUAAAUGAGUAUAACAUGCUGUCAGCAAUCAAGCUCCAGUACAAAAUAGAAAGGGGAAAAUAAUGAUAAAAACACACACAUUAAAAUUAU